CGCAAGAGCAGUUCCCACCCCAUCCAGUUUCAUCUAGCAACGCACACACACACAAACUAGCUUAGCAGGGUGUCACUGAUCACUCUGGUCGACGAGAAGACGACGAUGGCGGCACGCGUGAUGCUGGUGGCGGCGCUGCUGUGCGCGGCGGCGGCGGCGGCCGCGGCGCAGCAGGCGAACAACGUGCGCGCGACGUACCACUACUACCGGCCGGCCCAGAACAACUGGGACCUGGGCGCGCCGGCGGUGAGCGCCUACUGCGCGACCUGGGACGCCAGCAAGCCGCUGUCGUGGCGGUCCAAGUACGGGUGGACGGCGUUCUGCGGCCCCGCCGGCGCCCACGGGCAGGCGGCGUGCGGCAAGUGCCUCCGGGUGACGAACCCGGCGACGGGGGCGCAGGUGACGGCGAGGAUCGUGGACCAGUGCGCCAACGGCGGGCUGGACCUGGACUGGGACACCGUCUUCACCAAGAUCGACACCAACGGGGUCGGGUACCAGCAGGGCCACCUCAACGUCAACUACCAGUUCGUCGACUGCCGCGACUAGAUGAAAUGAAAGGCUAAGCAAGCUAUGAUAAGAAUAAAAGGCUAGCUAGUAGCGGGCUAGCUACGAGUGAGCAGCUGAGACUGAUCCAUGCUGUUGAAUAAAAGCUACCACGUGUUGCUGCA